AUGACGAACGCAACUAUUUUUGAAACUAAUAGCACGAGUCACGAUCAAAUAAAAACAGAAAAAUGUAACUUAACCACAAAUAGCACAGAUAAGGAAGUACAAAAUUGCGCCCUUAUUUCUUUACAAGCACAAAUUAACCACUGUUCUAAUAAUAACAGUAGCAACAGUACUGAUUGUGAAAGUAUAAUCGCACCACAAAGUAAAUCGAAUGAAACUCAAGGGGUUAAUACCGACACCAUAUUAAAAUAUGUAUAUAAAAAGGGAGAUAAAGCCGAAAUACCCAUAAAAGAUAAAGCUUAUUUCAAAAACAGCUUACGACGAAAACGAUCCCCUGUUGAAGUACAUAACAGAAGCCCACUUCCCAGCAAAUUUCAAAAACCUGUAGUGGUGAAUUACGAAACAUCACAUGGACCUGGACAAGCUCAAUCUUUGGCGCCUCUAAGAUUUACAGGAAACAAUGCUUUAGGUGCUAACUUUAAAAUUGAAACCCUUCAUGAUAAUAUUGACGCAAAGAAAGAGGAAGAUAUAGCACGUAAACUAAAAAUAGAUUCAGCUGAAAUAGUAAACCCCAAUAGACUAGGAAACGAUUAUAAACAAAAUGAUGAUAAAGGAAAACCUAUUGAAAAUGACUCCAGUGAUGAUAGUAGUGAUAGUAGUGAUGAAAGAGGUGAUUAUAAGAACAGACAACCUCAAAAUGAUGACGUAAAUAGUACAGAACGUGAUGACUACCAAAAACAAAAUCCUCAAGGAAGCCAAGAGAGCGCUGAAAGCGACGAUUAUAAAGAACCAAAAACUGAUAGUGAGAGAACCUAUAGCGCUGAACGCACAAAUUACGAUAAAAAUUCUAGCCAAGAAUCUGACAAUAGUUCUGAGCACGAAGAGUAUAAAAAUAAACAAUCUAGUGCCGAAGGAGACAAUAGCGAGGAACGAAGUACUUAUAAAGACAUUCCGUCUAACCGAGAGAGAGAGGAAAGUAAUGGACGUGCCCACUAUAAACAAAAUGAAUUUAGUAACAAGCGCGGAGAUAGCGGUGAAGACAAUAGUAGUGCUGAAAGUUCUGAAAGCAAUCCUAGGACUAAUGCAAGAUAUUCUUCCCGAAGCAAAAACAGUAAUGAGAACUCCGGAAGCAAUGAAAGUAAAAAUUCGGAAUCAAGUAGCGCUGAAAGUCAGGAGAGUGUAGAAAGAGGCGAUAGUAAUAAGAAGAAAAACGAGCAACAUAAUCAUGAUAGCUCAUCAUAUGAAACUCCACAUCAAGAUAAUGCAAAAUACAAGAAACCUGAAUCCAGUGCACCUAAAUAUUUAGAAUCCUCUUCAAAUGAAAACAGUGACGAAAGUAGGGAGAUCAAAAAAGAAGACGAAAAUUUAAAUGCUGAUAAAAAGGAUAAUGUAAAAGGUUCACCCAUUCCCUUACGAGAUAUUGACUUAAGUGAUUUUAGUUAUGAACGAAUACAAGUAGAUGGUAGUGGAAAAGUUCAACCACAAAAAGAUACCUUUGAACCAGCCAAUCCAAAAACUGCUGUAGAAAUAUUGCCACUUACAACAGCUACACCAAACUUCGAAAGCAAAGGUCAUAGAUCUUUGAAUUCUAUAACAGAUUACACUGCUAUUGCAAAACCAAAAAUCAAUAAGAAUGACAACAAACUUAUUCAAAUUGACGAUGUUGAAGUUAAACCUGUUGUUGAAAUUAAUCCUGAAAAUGACAACGAUUCAAGUGAAGAAAGUAAAAAAUCGAAUGUAAGUGAAGAAGUGGAAAGUUUAGAAUCAAUAUUAGGAGUAAAGGAACCUGAAAAUGAUGAUAGUCAAAGCGAUAAAUUAAUCGAACAGAAAGCCCAAGAUGGAGAUGUAAAACAAGAAUUUGAACGGAUCCCCUUAAAUUAUAACCACGCUCAGAAAAACGAGAAGAAGGAACAUCCAGUCUCUGAAUCCCCUAAAGAAGACCCAGAAAUACCACAAAAGGAAGGAACUCUAGAUGCUUUUGCACCUGAAGAUGUCAAAUAUGACGAACAUUUAAAUAUUAAGUUUGAUGAUUUGGCCAUAAAACUACCUGAAAUAAAAUUGCCAGAUGAUAUUUUAUCUUACUCGAGACAAAAUUCUCCGUACAGUGAUGACGACUAUAAAAAGCAAACUAAAGCAGAUGUGCCAAGUUAUAAACCAAGUUAUUAUUAUAAUCAGAAUGACAAAGAAGAAACACGUGAACGUAAAGAUAAAAAUGACCAUCGCAAUUCAGACGAUGAAAGUGAUGACGAUGAUGAUCACGCACCUGACACUGGAUAUUAUGGAUACUAUGACAACAGUAAGAGAAAACAAAAUUAUAAAAAUAAAAAUGCUGACGAAGAAGAAGAAGCAAGUGACGAAGGAGAAGAAAAUGAAGACUUGUAUGAAAAAUUCGUACGGGAAAGGUUUGGAAAACGAGGCACUUUUGAAAAAAGGUCUGAAAAAUUACAACAGGCAGCACCACUAAACCCAGAUUUAUACAAAACUAUUAAACAAAUUCUUAAAAAGACUGCAGAUAUAGAUGAACAAGCUAAAAAGAGCGGAGAUCCAAAUGCAGGUUAUAUGUGGACCUUAGAGUAUGGUGAAAAGUUGUAGAGUAAAAUUUAAACACAUGGUUUUGAGAUGCCAGAUCAUAAGAUUCGCAUAAAUAAAUAAACCAUUUUUUUUUUUGAAGUAAUGUACAACAAUAAUGCAUAAGAAAACAUCAUAUAUUACUAGACAGGCUCGACUGUGAUAGGCUGAUAGGUUUAAGUUAGUGUUAUAAAUGCCUACAUAAAUUAUUAGAAAAAAAAUCGCAUUUAGUAAAGCUUCUACGCACAAUAUCUAUUGGUAGGUACGUUAAUUUCUUACUCACGCGCUUAAUUGAUGUUAUAUUUCUACAAUGUUUCAAAAAAUUACAUCUUGCUUUCAGACUAAAUCAUUAUUAUUACAUCUAUGGUGUAAAUUGAGUGUUUCAUAGUCCAUUCAGCUAAUUUUGACUGUGACCUAAAACCAAGGGUACAGGACAAGACAAUGAACUUGCUUGAAUUGUUAUUAUGUAGCUAUAAAUAAUUAGG